AUGGAUCACGGAUGCAAAUGUGGUACUAACUGCCAAUGCGGGGAUAACUGCAAAUGCGCAAAAACCACUACCGCUACGAAAGAUACAACUCAGCAGCAUGUUUGCAAAUGUGACGGCAAAUGUGGUGACAAAUGUGCUUGUGAUAACAAAUGUAGUUGCACCACUAGUGGAAACUGUCAAUGCGGGUCACGCUAA